AAGGGAGCAGUUUUAUUUUUUGAUGGUUGGCGAAGGGAGCAGUUACUUAGGACGCGUUCUCCUCCAUUCCGUUCCUCGUGAUCUCCUCUUCCAAAAAGCCAACCAAUUCAAAUGGGUUCUCGAUGGAUCCGUCCCGAGGUGUACCCGCUGUUCGUGACGACCGGAGUGGCCGUCGGCAUCUGUGCGAUGCAGCUCGUGCGUAACAUCACCACCAACCCUGAAGUCAGGGUGACGAAGCAGAACAGGGCGGCCGGGGUGCUGGAGAACCACGACGAGGGGAAGAGGUACUCCCAGCACGGGGUGCGGAGGUUCUGGCUCUCGCAGCGCCGCGACUACAUGCAAGCGCUCGACAACGACCCGCCAGCACCCAAGUAGAUCCCAUCCAACGACGGCUCCAGCUGAUGCUGCAUCUCCUUCUUCGUCGCACACGCAAUAUCUAGAUCACUCGUGCUUAAUUACUGACGACGUGCACACAAUUUACUUACGAUGCCUAUGAAUAAGCCGCCCGUUUAAUGUCGGCAUUGUUUGUCUUUUGAUUUGUUUUCAUUAUUAUCCGACUGGAACCUUGAACACCGUAUAAUAUUGCCAACUAAAUGAGAA